UCAAACAAGUCUCUGAGCAGCGCUUUGAGAACUCGAGUCUCGACUAGUCAGUAUCGAGCUACCCAUUACUAGUGUGCUCUUAUGAGACACUCGCGCUGCGACUUCAUCACAGCCACAAGAUCAAGCAAAGGUGCGGUAGGGCUUUCCCAUUUCACUUGGCCAUACACUGAGGUGUCUAAUGGCCUUCAGCUCAGGGCUUUCCAAAGUGUGAGAAGUGAAUCUGAGAAGAGAAGGGCAGACACUUUAAGAGAGAGAAGAGUUUCCCACAGAGAAUGGCCUCUGCCAAAGAAGAUGGUGUGGAUAAAAGAACGGUGCACAUUAAAGAGGAGGACUGUGAGCGGCUCACACCAGAGGGUGUGUGUGUGAAGCUGGAGGAUCACGAAAAAAGAAUUUCAGUUUUUAAAGAGGAGGAGGAGUGCAAGGAGGUAACUGCUGCUGUUAAAGCUGAGAAUUUGAAUGAUUUCUCCUUUGGUCUUGAACUUCAAAAGUAUGAAACUGAGGAUAUUUUCAAGCAAGAGGCCAGUGAAGAAUCUCUAUCCAGUUUACAGCCCUGGUCCAAUAAUACGGGGCGACUGGCUAUGCAGGAGAAUUCUGUAGAGCUGAAAUCAGAGUUAUCAGAGUCUGAAGAGAAAAUCACCGAGGGAAAUGGAAGAGAAGAAGAGUCACCUGGGAGUGCUGGAAUAAAUGUACAGAAGAAUGGCAGCUUCUCUCCACCUUCAUUUGGUCAGUCCUCUCUUCAGUACAAUGAGAACAGUAUGAAGAAAUCGGCAAAAGGAUCAGAGAACCAGACAGCAGCCUUUUUGCAGUGCAAUUCUGUCCCUUCUACUGGAGCAACACAGACAGAAGCCACCAAAACUGAUAGACAACAAGUGGAGAAUGAAAUCCAAAUUCAUACUGGAGAAAAAUGUUGUUUGGAAUGUGGCAAACAAUUCACAUUCAAAAGUGAUCUUAAUAGGCAUAUGAAUAUUCACACAGGAGAAAAACCUCAUUGCUGUUCAGAAUGUGGUAAGUCAUUCUCAUGUAUAAGCUAUCUUCAGAAACACAGAAUAAUCCACACAGGACAAAAACCUCAUUGCUGCUCAGAAUGUGGUAAGUCGUUCUUAAGGAGAAGCAAUCUUCAGAGGCACAGAAAAAUCCAUACAGGAGAAAAACCUCAUUGCUGUCCAGAAUGUGGUAAAUUGUUCUUAAGGCGAAGCUAUCUUCAGAGACACAGUAUAAUCCACACAGGAGAAAAACCUCAUUGUUGUCCCGAAUGUGGUAAAUUGUUCUCGCGUAUGAAUAAUCUUCAGAGACACAGAAGAAUCCACACAGGAUAAAAACCUCAUUAUUGUCCAGAAUGUGCCACACAAUUUUCUGACAAACGCAGUUUUCAAAGGCACAUAGAAAUUUAUGUUGGAGAGAAGCCAUAUUGCUGUUCUCAGUGUGGAAUAAAGUUUUAAACAUUAGCUCAUUUCAAGUAAACACACAAACUCCCAGUAAAGCGAAAAUGCAGUAUUUAUGUUCUGAAUGUUGCAAAUGUUAUACAAGCUAGAAAGGUUUAUCCACAUGCCACAACCCAUACUAAAGAAAAAUCUCAUUGCUGUUCUGAAAGUGAGAAACGAUUCUUAUAUUUAAGCGUAAUUCAGUGCCACAUCAGAACUCUUACUAGAGAUAAACCUUAUUGUUGUUCUGAAUAUUAUAAGCAGUUCUCACAACAAAGCACCAUCACAAGUCACAUCAGAUGUCACACCGGAGGGAAACCUCACCUUUGCUUGGAAGGUGGCAAACAAUUACCACACAUUAAUUCUCUGUAUAAGUAUACAAAAGUCAUACUUGAGAGAAGCUUUACAACUGUACUGAAUUUGGAAUGUUAUUCUCGUAUAACGAUUCCUUCACAAUCAUAAAAUUAUUCAUUCUGGUUAGAAACAAAGCUGUUCUGACUGUGGCAAGCUUUUCACAGACCGCACAACUCCUAAAGAUCACAUGAGAAUUCACUCUGGAGAGAAAGCUAAUUGCUGUCCAGAUUAUGGCAAACGAUUCUCAAGUCCAAACGCACUUAGUUGCCACAGAAGGAUCCACACUGGAGAGAAACAGUACACCUGUUCUGAAUGUGGUAAAGGGUACUCUUCCAGAAAAAGGUUUUGGAGACACACGCAAAGUCAUAUUGAAGUAAAGCCUGUCCCUGAAAUGACAAAUGAUAUUUUCAUUGGAUCCUCAUUCAAUAAAAAUGAAGAAAAAUCUUCUGAAUGUGGUAAAGGACUCCUAGUUGAAAGUAGUUAAUAAAUACAUUAGAAUAGUGGACAAAGCACUGAAAGUGACAAACAGAUCCUAGUUGUAAGUUAACCUCAGAGCCACAUAUGAACUCACACUGGAAUGAACACACUGGAAUACAACAAAUAUUUCACAAACAGAAAGAAUUUUCUUCAACAACUUCUAGGUGCAAGAAUAAACCUCAUUGUUGUCCUAAAUGUCUUUUCAGACAGUAAUGGCCUUCAUAGUCAUAAAUGACUGGCCUAUUGUGGUAAGCCUUUUAGCUGCUCUGAAUCUUGAAAGUGGUCCUCCUGUAUCAGCUAUCAUCAGCAUCAUCUAAGAUUUCAGGAAGGACUCAGAAACGGUACUGCCAGGACGUCAGCCAUACUGGGACUGAUCAUCUCUGCACCAAUGCUGUAACAUAAGAUGGUGAACAAUACAAACACCAGACAACAGAAUGAGGUAGCAAUAGAACUGUGCGGUGAUGAUAACUUCAACCCCACAGCACAACUGAAAAAGUUCAAUGUAAUAAUAAAAAAUGGAGAAAUCAAAUCAAAUCCACAUUGCAGUGCCAACUACCAGGAGGUGCCACUGACAUCAAUGGGAAUAUUUGUGUUUCGAAAGUUUGGAUAUGGGUCCUUAUCUGAGUAGCAAUGAACUUGUACCAUUUGUGAAAGAAAAUAAAAAAACAUUAGCUGUAAUGAUUAUAAGUUGUUACUUCACAAUACCAAGAACUGUAUUUUGUUUUAAUCAAGCUGUAGAGAGCUAUAUGAUUCGUUAUUUCUAUAUCAUCUGUUCUUCAUUUUGGUAAUAAAAGAAUUAGGCUUGUGCACAGAA